GAUUUUCAGCACAGGUAUACAGGUGUGCAGCCAUCCCCACAGGGCGGUUUUAGGACAGAGUUUCUUCCUUUUCACUUUGUCACUGUCCCUCCCGCACCUAGCUCUGUGUAGCCAUUCAUCUGUUAUCUGUGUCUAUGCAUUUGCCUUUCCAGAAACUUCAUAUAAAUGGAACCCCACACUAUGUAGCCUUUUGUCUCUAGCUUCUGUCACUUACUGUGAUGUCUUCAUGGUCCAUUUUUGUUGGCAAAUGUAUCAGUGAUUCUUUUUUUUUUUUUUUUUUUUUUAAAUAACCUUGAGGAGUCCCAUUGUAUGGAUUUAUUCUGUUUAUAUCAGUUACUAGACCUUUGAGUUGUUUCCAGUCCUUGGCUACUAUGAUUAUUGCUGCUGUGUUUGCACACAAGACUUAAAUGUGUUUGAAUAGACAAAUAUCCAGGAGUUAAAUCGUUAGGACAUAUGGUAAGAUUAUGUUUAGCUUCUUAAGAAAUUGCCAAACCAUUUUCCAAAGCGGAUAUACCAUUUUACAUUCCCAUAUACAUCCUCAUCAGCAUUUGGUAAAGUCAGCCCUUUUGAUCAUAUCCAGGAAAUCAUUGUUGGCAGGAGAAGAUGGAACCUGUAUGAACCUCACGUUUGAAGAAAGGGAUGAUCUUGCCUCUCUCUCUUAGAGGGUUGCUUUAAAGUUCAAAGGGGGUAGGAAUUUAUGUGCAAGUGUUUUAUAUUGCAGAAAGGUUUCUGGUGAUUAUGUACAGGAAAAGUUUUAGCCAUUUUAUUAACACUCCCAUAUUUGUCUCAGAGAUUAAGAUGCAAACUUGUCCAAGUUUUAAUAAAAUGUGUGUGUUAUGAUCAAACUUGUUCCACCUGUUUAUAAAGGCAACUUUUAAUCAAAUUGUGAGCCUUUUCCAUAUGCUAGGUUGCCUAUAUUGUGUAUUAAAUUAUCAACCUUAUUUAACAAUGACAGAAUGUAAUAGUUUGCAUAUGGUGGGCAAAUUUUUCUUUCCCACUCCAACUUAGAUGGUCUGGUAAAUGUCUGCCUAUGAUUUCAUUUUCAGAUGCUUGUGGGUGGCCUCUUUUAGACCCGUGCACAUAUGUUCUAAUAGAGGGGAAGUAGAAAGAUUGGGGUCGCAGGGAAGGUGCCAGGAACAAUCUAUGUAAAAAAUACCUAUUUCAGCAGUUUAAUUUUGCAAUUCUGAUUCUAUGAAAAUUGCCAGUUAAUACUUUUCAAAGAACAAAGGGAGUGUUUUGAAUGCAUUUCCCCUCCCACCUGUGGAAGACAGCUGUUUGUGAUAGACUUGGGAAAACUGGCCAAUGGGCUCUGGAUUUGAAACCUGGGCUGGAUUUUAUAAAAGUUGCUUAUCAGCAGUUCUUCACACCUGUUGGAAAAGACCUUUGGACUACAGGAGCUGAACUGUGUGUUUGAUCAUGAAACAGUGUGUCAACAAAGAGCUUUGUAGUACUUUCAAACAAAAGGAUAAAGGGAGCCACAGUGAGACGCUAAGUCAAAGAAACUGCACGCUGGAGUGGAAGUAUGUGCUCUGGGUGGCCUGUGGAAGUCAAGAGGGAACACGGGUCUGGCUGAGAGAAAAUGGCCAGCAUUUUCCAAGUACCGUAAAUUCCUGUGCAGAAGGCGUCGUCGUCUUCCGGACGGACUAUGGUCAGGUAUUCACUUACAAGCAGAGCACAAUUACCCACCAGAAGGUGACUGUCAUGCACCCCAUGAACGAGGCAGGUGUGGAUGACAUGGCGUCCUUGACAGAGCUCCAUGGCGGCUCCAUCAUGUAUAACUUAUUCCAGCGGUAUAAGAGAAACCAAAUAUAUACCUACAUCGGCUCCAUCCUGGCCUCCGUGAACCCCUACCAGCCCAUUGCCGGGCUGUACGAGCAUGCCACCAUGGAGCGGUACAGCCGGCGCCACCUGGGCGAGCUGCCCCCGCACAUCUUCGCCAUCGCCAACGAGUGCUACCGCUGCUUGUGGAAGCGCCAGGACAGCCAGUGCAUCCUCAUCAGUGGUGAAAGUGGAGCAGGUAAAACCGAAAGCACAAAAUUGAUCCUCAAGUUCCUGUCCGUCAUCAGUCAGCAGUCUUUGGAAUUGUCCUUAAAGGAGAAGACCUCCUGUGUGGAACGGGCGAUUCUUGAAAGCAGUCCCAUCAUGGAAGCUUUCGGCAAUGCGAAGACCGUGUACAACAACAACUCUAGUCGCUUUGGGAAGUUUGUUCAGCUGAACAUCUGUCAGAAAGGAAAUAUUCAGGGCGGGAGAAUUGUAGAUUAUUUAUUAGAAAAAAACCGAGUAGUAAGGCAAAAUCCCGGGGAAAGGAAUUAUCACAUAUUUUAUGCACUGCUGGCAGGGCUGGAACAUGAAGAAAGAGAAGAAUUUUAUUUAUCUACGCCGGAGAACUACCACUACUUGAAUCAGUCUGGAUGUGUGGAAGACAAGACAAUCAGUGACCAGGCAUCCUUUAGGGAAGUUAUUACGGCAAUGGACGUGAUGCAGUUCAGCAAGGAAGAAGUUCGGGAAGUGUUGAGGCUGCUCGCGGGUAUACUGCAUCUUGGGAACAUAGAAUUUAUCACUGCUGGUGGGGCACAGGUUUCCUUCAAAACAGCUUUGGGCAGAUCUGCAGAGUUACUUGGGCUGGACCCAACACAGCUCACAGAUGCUCUGACCCAGAGAUCAAUGUUCCUCAGGGGAGAAGAGAUCCUCACGCCUCUCAGUGUUCAACAGGCAGUAGACAGCAGGGACUCCCUGGCCAUGGCUCUGUAUGCGUGCUGCUUUGAGUGGGUGAUCAAGAAGAUCAACAGCAGGAUCAAAGGCAAUGAGGACUUCAAAUCUAUUGGCAUCCUUGACAUCUUUGGAUUUGAGAACUUUGAGGUUAACCACUUUGAACAGUUCAAUAUAAACUAUGCAAAUGAGAAACUUCAGGAAUACUUCAACAAGCAUAUUUUUUCUUUAGAACAACUAGAAUAUAGCCGGGAAGGAUUGGUGUGGGAAGAUAUUGACUGGAUAGACAAUGGAGAAUGCCUGGACUUGAUUGAGAAGAAACUUGGCCUCCUAGCCCUCAUUAAUGAAGAAAGCCAUUUUCCUCAAGCCACAGACAGCACGUUAUUGGAGAAGCUACAUAGUCAGCAUGCUAAUAAUCACUUUUAUGUGAAGCCCAGAGUUGCAGUUAACAAUUUUGGCGUGAAGCACUAUGCUGGAGAGGUGCAAUAUGAUGUCCGUGGGAUCUUGGAGAAAAACAGAGAUACAUUUCGAGAUGACUUGCUCAACUUGCUAAGAGAAAGCCGAUUCGACUUUAUCUACGAUCUUUUUGAACAUGUUUCAAGCCGCAACAACCAGGAUACCUUGAAAUGUGGAAGUAAACAUCGGCGGCCCACCGUCAGCUCACAGUUCAAGGACUCACUGCAUUCCUUAAUGGCAACGCUAAGCUCCUCUAAUCCUUUCUUUGUUCGCUGUAUCAAGCCAAACAUGCAGAAGAUGCCAGACCAGUUUGACCAGGCGGUGGUGCUGAACCAGCUGAGGUACUCAGGGAUGCUGGAGACUGUGAGAAUCCGCAAAGCUGGGUAUGCGGUCCGAAGACCCUUUCAGGACUUCUACAAAAGGUAUAAAGUGCUGAUGAGGAAUCUGGCUCUGCCCGAGGACGUCCGAGGAAAGUGCACGAGCCUGCUGCAACUCUACGAUGCCUCCAACAGCGAGUGGCAGCUGGGGAAGACCAAGGUCUUUCUUCGAGAAUCCUUGGAGCAGAAACUGGAGAAGCGGAGGGAGGAGGAAGUGACCCACGCGGCCAUGGUGAUUCGGGCCCAUGUGUUGGGCUUCUUGGCUCGAAAACAAUACAGAAAGGUCCUUUAUUGUGUAGUGAUAAUACAGAAGAAUUAUAGAGCAUUCCUUCUGAGGAGAAGAUUUUUGCACCUGAAAAAGGCAGCCGUAGUUUUCCAGAAGCAACUCAGAGGUCAGAUUGCUCGUCGAGUUUAUAGACAGUUGCUGGCGGAGAAAAGGGAGCAAGAAGAAAAGAAGAAACGGGAGGAGGAAGAAAAGAAGAAACGGGAGGAGGAAGAGAGAGAGAGAGAGAGACAGCGAAGAGAAGCCGAGCUCCGCGCCCAGCAGGAGGAAGAAACCAGGAAGCAGCAAGAACUCGAAGCCUUGCAGAAGAGCCAGAAGGAAGCUGAACUGACCCGUGAACUGGAGAAACAGAAGGAAAACAAGCAGGUGGAAGAGAUCCUGCGUCUGGAGAAGGAAAUCGAGGACCUGCAGCGCAUGAAGGAGCAGCAGGAGCUGUCCCUGACCGAGGCCUCCCUGCAGAAGCUGCAGCAGCGGCGGGACCAGGAGCUCCGCAGGCUGGAGGAGGAAGCGUGCCGGGCGGCCCAGGAGUUCCUCGAGUCCCUCAAUUUCGACGAAAUCGACGAGUGUGUCCGGAAUAUCGAGCGGUCCCUGUCGGUGGGAAGCGAGUUUUCCGGCGAGCUGGCCGAGAGCGCGUGCGAGGAGAAGCCCAACUUCAACUUCAGCCAGCCCUACCCGGAGGAGGAGGUGGACGAGGGCUUCGAGGCCGACGACGACGCCUUCAAGGACUCCCCCAACCCCAGCGAGCACGGCCACUCGGACCAGCGAACGAGCGGCAUCCGGACCAGCGACGACUCUUCGGAGGAGGACCCGUACAUGAACGACACGGUGGUGCCCACCAGCCCCAGCGCGGACAGCACGGUGCUGCUCGCGCCGUCGGCGCCGGACUCCGGCAGCCUGCACGACUCCUCCAGCUGCGAGUCCACCUACUGCCUGCCCCAGAACGCCGGCGACCUCCCGUCCCCGGACGGCGACUACGACUACGACCAGGACGACUACGAGGACGGCGCCAUCACCUCCGGCAGCAGCGUGACCUUCUCCAACUCCUACGGCAGCCAGUGGUCCCCCGACUACCGCUGCUCCGUGGGGACCUACAACAGCUCGGGCGCCUACCGCUUCAGCUCGGAGGGGGCGCAGUCCUCGUUUGAAGAUAGUGAAGAGGACUUUGACUCCAGGUUUGAUACAGAUGAUGAGCUUUCAUACCGACGCGACUCUGUGUACAGCUGUGUCACUCUGCCGUAUUUCCACAGCUUUCUGUACAUGAAAGGUGGCCUGAUGAACUCUUGGAAACGCCGCUGGUGUGUCCUCAAGGACGAAACCUUCUUGUGGUUCCGCUCCAAGCAGGAGGCCCUGAAGCAAGGCUGGCUCCACAAAAAAGGUGGGGGCUCCUCCACGCUAUCCAGGAGAAACUGGAAGAAGCGCUGGUUUGUCCUCCGCCAGUCCAAGCUGAUGUAUUUUGAAAACGACAGCGAGGAGAAGCUCAAGGGCACUGUCCAAGUGCGAACGGCAAAAGAGAUCAUAGAUAACACCACCAAGGAGAAUGGGAUCGACAUCAUUAUGGCCGAUAGGACUUUCCACCUGAUUGCAGAGUCCCCAGAAGACGCCAGCCAGUGGUUCAGCGUGCUGAGUCAGGUCCACGCGUCCACAGACCAGGAGAUCCAGGAGAUGCAUGACGAGCAGGCAAACCCACAGAAUGCUGUGGGCACCUUGGAUGUGGGGCUCAUUGAUUCUGUGUGCGCCUCUGACAGCCCUGACAGGCCCAACUCAUUUGUGAUCAUCACGGCCAACCGGGUGCUGCACUGCAACGCCGACACACCGGAGGAGAUGCACCAUUGGAUUACCUUGCUGCAGCGGUCCAAAGGCGACACCAGAGUGGAGGGCCAGGAAUUCAUCGUGAGAGGAUGGUUGCACAAAGAGGUGAAGAACAGUCCAAAGAUGUCUUCACUGAAACUGAAGAAACGGUGGUUUGUACUCACCCACAAUUCCCUGGAUUACUACAAGAGCUCAGAGAAGAAUGCACUGAAACUGGGGACCCUGGUCCUCAACAGCCUCUGCUCCGUCGUCCCCCCGGAUGAGAAGAUAUUCAAAGAGACAGGCUACUGGAACGUCACUGUGUACGGGCGCAAGCACUGUUACCGGCUGUACACCAAGCUGCUCAACGAGGCCACCCGGUGGUCCAGUGCCAUUCAAAAUGUGACCGACACCAAGGCCCCGAUCGACACCCCCACCCAGCAGCUGAUUCAGGACAUCAAGGAGAACUGCCUGAACUCAGACGUGGUGGAACAGAUUUACAAGCGGAACCCCAUCCUCCGAUACACCCACCACCCCCUGCACUCGCCUCUCCUACCCCUUCCUUACGGGGACAUAAAUCUCAACUUGCUCAAAGACAAAGGCUAUACCACCCUUCAGGAUGAAGCCAUCAAGAUAUUCAAUUCCCUGCAGCAGCUGGAGUCCAUGUCUGACCCUAUUCCAAUAAUCCAGGGCAUCCUGCAGACAGGGCAUGACCUACGACCUCUGCGGGAUGAGCUGUACUGCCAGCUCAUCAAACAGACCAACAAAGUGCCCCACCCUGGCAGUGUGGGCAACCUGUACAGCUGGCAGAUCCUGACGUGCCUGAGCUGCACCUUCCUGCCGAGCCGAGGGAUUCUCAAGUAUCUCAAGUUCCAUCUGAAAAGGAUACGGGAACAGUUUCCAGGAACCGAGAUGGAAAAAUACGCUCUCUUCACUUACGAAUCUCUUAAGAAAACCAAAUGCAGAGAGUUUGUGCCUUCGCGAGAUGAAAUCGAAGCUCUGAUCCACAGGCAGGAGAUGACAUCCACGGUCUAUUGCCAUGGAGGAGGCUCCUGCAAGAUCACCAUCAACUCCCACACCACCGCUGGGGAGGUGGUGGAGAAGCUGAUCCGAGGCCUCGCCAUGGAGGACAGCAGGAACAUGUUUGCCUUAUUUGAAUACAACGGCCACGUCGACAAAGCCAUUGAAAGUCGAACCGUUGUAGCUGAUGUCUUAGCAAAGUUUGAAAAGCUGGCUGCCUCAUCGGAGGUGGGGGACCUGCCAUGGAAAUUCUACUUCAAACUUUACUGCUUCCUGGACACAGACAACGUGCCAAAAGACAGUGUGGAAUUUGCAUUUAUGUUUGAACAGGCCCAUGAGGCGGUUAUCCACGGCCACCAUCCAGCCCCGGAAGAAAACCUCCAGGUUCUUGCUGCCCUGCGACUCCAGUAUCUGCAGGGGGAUUAUACUCUGCAUGCUGCCAUCCCACCCCUCGAAGAGGUUUAUUCCCUGCAGAGACUCAAGGCCCGCAUCAGCCAAUCCACCAAAACCUUCACCCCUUGCGAGCGGCUGGAGAAGAGGCGGACGAGCUUCCUGGAGGGGACCCUGCGGCGGAGCUUCCGGACGGGGUCCGUGGUCCGGCAGAAGGUCGAGGAGGAGCAGAUGCUGGACAUGUGGAUUAAGGAAGAAGUCUCGUCUGCUCGAGCCAGCAUCAUUGACAAGUGGAAGAAAUUUCAGGGAAUGAACCAGGAACAGGCCAUGGCCAAGUACAUGGCCUUGAUCAAGGAGUGGCCUGGUUAUGGGUCGACGCUGUUUGAUGUGGAGUGCAAGGAAGGUGGCUUCCCACAGGAACUCUGGUUGGGUGUCAGCGCGGACGCUGUCUCUGUCUACAAGCGUGGGGAGGGAAGACCCCUGGAAGUCUUCCAGUAUGAACACAUCCUCUCUUUUGGGGCACCCCUGGCAAAUACGUACAAGAUCGUGGUCGAUGAGAGGGAGCUGCUCUUUGAAACCAGUGAGGUGGUGGAUGUGGCCAAGCUCAUGAAAGCCUACAUCAGCAUGAUCGUGAAGAAGCGCUACAGCACCACGCGCUCCGCCAGCAGCCAGGGCAGCUCCAGGUGAAGGCGGCACGGAGCCCACCUGUCUUUGCUACCUGCAUGCACUGCCGCAUGCCCUCUGGCCUCAGCCGUCUCCAGUGUGCCAUGCCCAGCUGAAACAGAGCUGCCCAGGCUUUCUGGAAGCUUCCUGUCGGAGGGAGGUGUCUCUGAGGGUCCUUUCGCCUUGCCGAUUUCAAUGAUAUCCUAUAUUAAGCUGUCAACUUUAACAGACUGCACAGUUUCCAAAGCUUUACUACUCUUAGAGAAUACAUGCCUUAAAAAAAAGGAGGGGAGGAACCACGCUGCCACCAAAGCAGCCGGAAGUGCCUUAACUUGUGGAACCAACACUAAUUGACCCUAACUGUGCUACUGAAGGGAACUGCCUUCCCCCCCUUCUCCAGGAGACUGACAGAACGUGGAGGGUGGGGGGCGUUCCCUAUCGAUGAUGCACUAACCUCCCAGCCUGAUUUCCCUGAAAUUGAGGGAAGGUGAGGGAGUGGGGAGGGGAUAGAGGGCUCAAGGGGACAGUGGGUUUGAGCUGGAGUGCUGCGGGCAGCCUUUCUCAUGGAAUGACAUGGAUCAACUUUUUUGUUUCAUCUUUUAACUGUACAUGCUUGCCUGUUCAUGCGUGUGUUCAUAAAUGCAACACUUUAAUCAUGGUUUCAUGAGCAUUAAAAAGCAAAGGGAAAAAGGAUGUGCAAUGGUAUACACAGUCUGUAUAUUUUCAUAGUGCAGAGCUAUGGUCUCAAUUGUUACUUUAUAAGGUGAUUUUAUUAACAAACCGGAAUCCUGGAUUUUCCUGUCUUUGCUGUAUUUUGAAAAACACGUGUUGCAUCCAUUUUGUUUUACCUGUAGCAAAGUGUGCUAUCCGUGUCUGCUGUAUUAUAAACAGAUAUGCAGCCUACAAGAUAACUGUAUUUAUAAACCACUCUUCCACCUCUGGCUUCCGUGCUGGUUUUAGAACAAGAAUGAAGUCAUUUUGGAGUCUUUCUUGUCUAAAAGAUUUAAGUUAAAAACAAAAUGUUACUUCUUAUAUCAGUCUGGAGAGAUCACGAUAUAACCACGUUGACUCUGGGGGAGAGACGCCACAUUCCUGAAAGGUCUUAAGAGUUGAGUGAGUCUUUAAAGGACCCUGAUGUUAAAUGCUGAGGCUUUAAUAAAAUAUAUGCAUAUUUUAUCCCAAGUUUAUAAUGGUGGUCUGAACAAGGCACCUGUAAAUAAAUCAGCAUUUAUGACCAGAAGAAAAAUAAUCUGAUCUUGGACUUUUAUUUUUAUAUGGAGAAGUUUUAAAGACUUGGGCCAGCUAAGUCUACCCACAGAACAAUUUGCCUUGUACCUACGUGUACAACUCUGCUAAACUGUUGGCUCAAAGAAGGUCUGACAAUAAAAGAUGUUAGCUAACA